CCUUACGGUUAGCUGAUAUGUGCUAAUUAUGCUGUUAUCUUUUAUGUCACUGCCCGGGUGACUUGCCGCUACAGCAAGAAGUUGGUUAGGAUAAAAAUGCCACAAAACUCUCAUUUUUGUGGAAUGUGUUGUCAUCGAUCACGAGUUCAAUAUAUCUUUGAGGAUUUGAACCCAAUGAACUCACUACCAUACCGAUUAGGACGACUGAAGUCUCUCCAUACUCCCAUAAAGUAUCCACUUCAUUAGGUAUGGCAUGGUAUUCCCUAAGAGAAGUUCCCAAUAAGAUUACAAUCUUAACGCCGAAUGCCUUACCUACAGUUGCUUAUUUGUUCUGGAACGCAAAGUGAGAACACUUGCAGUGUGCGCGUUAUUAGGCACUUACUAGCACUUAAGAUAUCCACGGGAAUCACCAACUUUGGUGACACUUGAUGAAAGGUUGGACAUGAAUGAAACCCGUCGAUAGACAAUCAUAGUUGUCAUCGAAACAUUUAACGAUGAAGUACUGUAUAAGAAGAGACUUACAGUGAUGGUGACAUCUUGUCCUAGGUGUCGUGACUAAAGAUACAAGACCGAAAGGACCAAGAUGUCUCGAGUUGCUGUAGUGACGGGGAGUAACAAGGGGAUCGGGCUUGAAGUCGUGAGGCAGCUCUGUUCCAAAUUCCACGGCUUGGUCUACCUCACUGCCAGGGAUGAGGAACGAGGCCGAAAGGCUGUUCAAGAGCUGGAAAAGGAAGGACUGAAACCCUGCUUCCAUCAACUGGACAUCGACGAUCAGAAGAGCAUUGAGAAAUUGCGAGAUUUCCUCCAGGAGAAGCACGGUGGACUGGACCUUCUCGUCAACAAUGCGGCUAUUGCGUACAAGGCAGCAUCUACAGCUCCCUUCGGCGAACAGGCAGAGAAUACGAUUCGUGUGAAUUACUUCGGGACUUUGAACGUGUGCAAGGAAUUGUUCCCCCUUCUGAGGCCUCAUGCCAGGGUCGUCAACUUGACCAGCUAUGCCGGAUUCCUCCGUAACAUCCCAGAUGAAGGACUGAAGACGACGCUGGCUUCUCCCGAUUUGACAGUUGAAAAACUCUCCUCUCUCAUGGAAGACUUUGUCAAGAGGGCGAAGGAAGGAAAGCACGGCGAAGGAGGAUGGCCUAACAGCUGCUAUGUCGUCUCCAAAGUGGGUGUGAGUGCUCUCUCGCGGAUCCAGCAGAGGGAAUUCCUCCAGGAUUCUCGGGUCGACCUCGUCGUCAACCACGUCCAUCCCGGUUACGUGGAUACCGACAUGACCUCUCACAAAGGACCUCUCACCGUCCAGCAAGGUCUCAUUCCCUUUAUCAUUCUCCUCGGAGAAACGAUAUCUCGCAUUCGCGGUGCCGUAUCGUCAGUGUACGCGGCUCUCCUGCCUCCAAACAUCGAAGAGCCAAAAGGAGCAUACAUCUGGCACGACAAACAGAUAGUGGACUGGGUGAACGGGCCACUCCCCUCCGCUCAUUAAGCGAAGGGAAUUCCCGCCGCGAUAUUCACUGGGUCCACACCUGUCACCUUCCCUCUUACAAUAAAUAGUUUGGGAUUUAGGAAUGUUGGGUGUGAUUACAAAGAGGAAAUGGCGUAAGUAUUGCUCCAUCUUUCACUUUCACGCGGGCGACAAUUACGUAACAAAAAGUAAUGGAUUUUACGAACUAGAAGAGUCAUUUCCCUUUUGUUCUCGAAUCUGUGCAGGACGCUUUUCAGUUAAAUUUC